AUGAGGGGUGAUGACGGCUUGGAGAUCUCGGACAGUACAAAUAAGGCUGAGCACUUUUCUCAAUUUUUCCGACCCGUUUUCACAAGAGAAGCAGACAUUCCCCCAUCUAAUUUUGAGAACAUGAGAGAUCCCACUAUCGAAAAUAUUGUGUUUCGAGAAGAGACGAUUUUGGAAGAACUGAAAAGCUUGGAGGAAUGUAAAUCUCCCGGUCCGGACGAGAUCCCAACAAAGCUGCUCUUUGAGCUUGCCCAACAGCUGGCCAAGCCACUAUCCUUUCUGUGCCAGAAAUCACUUGAUGCUGGAAUUCUUCCCACAGACUGGAAGACGGCCCACAGUACACCCCUUUACAAAAGCGGUAGUCGUGCUCUGGCGACAAACUACAGACCCGUCAGUCUGACAUCAAUCUGCUGCAAAGUGAUGGAGAAAACCAUCAAAAAGGAGUUGAUGGCUUACUUGGAAACCCACAACCUCUUGUCCAAUGCACAAUAUGGUUUCCGUAGGGGAAAAUCAUGUGUUACGAACUUGCCAUACACAAUGCAAAGUUGGUCACGAACACUGGACGCAAAACACACCGUGCAUGUUGCCUAUAUUGAUUUUCGGAAGGCGUUUGACAGUGUUCCGCACCAGCGUCUCCUACACAAGUUGAGAAUUAUGGGCAUCGGUGGCAAACUUCUCAAAUGGAUCGAAAAUUUCCUUGUCGGCCGCUCCCAAAUUGUCUGCGUAGAACAACAGCAAUCAAGGUACACAUCCAUAGAGAGUGGAGUCCCACAAGGCUCGGUGCUCGGACUAACCCUCUUUCUCUUGUUCAUCAAUGAUUGUGUAGAUGGGUUGGACUGUGAUUGUGCCAUGUUUGCGGAUGACAUAAAAAUCUGGAAAGUCAUCCAGAAUGCUGCCUAUGAGACCAACUUCCUAGAAAAUCUUUGUCGAUUGGACGAGUGGUCCCGCAGAUGGCUCUUGUCCUUCAAUUUGAACAAAUGCACCAUUCUGCGCCUCGGAAAUCAAACCCCUAGUACGCGGCAAUACCAUCUGAACGGAAUACCCCUUCGAGAUGCAGAAACUCAGAAAGAUCUCGGAGUCUGGGUUGCAGACAGCCUAAAGCCUUCUACACAAUGCUGUAAGACGGCCAAGGCCGCAACCUCAAUGCUAUAUGCCAUCAAGCGGGCAUUCGUAGUUUUCGAUGAAGACUGCUUCACCAAAGUCUUCGGCACGUUUAUAAGGCCCCAUCUCGAAUACGCAAUUCAGGCCUGGAGACCGUGGAUGCAUCAGGAUUACGAUCUGCUCGAAAGGGUGCAGAGACGAGCAACAAAAUUAAUAAGAGGUCAAAGUGCACUGCCAUACGAGAUCCGCUUAACUAACCUUAAUCUCUAUCCUCUGAGUUAUAGGCAGUUGCGCGGAGACAUGAUACAAACUUUCCGUAUCGUGCGCGGCUUGGAUUGUGCCCUUCGGCGUGAUGACUUUUUCCAACUCGCCACUACAACUCACCUCCGGGGACAUCCCUUCAAGCUACGUGUGCCACAGGGUAGACUGAAUGUGAGAAAAUAUUUUUUCUCCAACCGUGUCGUGGAACCGUGGAAUAACCUGCCCGAGACGAUUGUUAUGUCUCAAUCUGUGGAGACAUUUAAAUGUCACCUUGACAGAUAUAUGCUGCAGCAACAAGCGGACUAUGUGCCUUUUUAGCCAUGUGACUAGUGACAUAUGUGAAUCAAUGUAUGCAUUCACUUAAUGCUUUAAUUUCUUCACAUUUUUAUUUGUUUAUCGAUUUUUUUAUGUACAAAUAGGGAGUUUAAAGGCGUAAGUCUAUUUCCCUCAAAUACACUGACUGACUGAACUUGGCCGGUUUUUUGACCGGAUCCGAUGAAUUUGCUUCUUCUAGAUCCUAUACCUGUCUCUCUAAGACAGAUGCGAGGGAAGUAUUGAUUCAAGUAGGUGACAGCCUGUUACAACAACACUUUUGGUAUUUCGAAUCCAAAGGUAAGUUCCCUUGGUGAAUACCGAGGCGAAGAUUCGGCUUAAUCGUUCGGCUCUCUCACCGUCCUCAGCAACUUCAGAACCGCUAUCAUCGUUUGGUACUGAGGCUGGAUCCUCGUUUUUCAACCGACUAUUAAUAUAGGGGAAUAAAAUCUAGUUCCGUUGUUCAGCCUGCCCGAUAGUUCUGGAUUUAUGGCAUUUCCCCACCUGAGUGGCAAAAUUUUUGAUUGCAUUUCGUCAUCGACGGAAUUACUGAAGGUAUUAUUAUGCCUUAUUUUCCCUGAAUAUCUUCUAUUUUCUUCUUUCCAAACUGUUUUUAAGUUCCGUUUUAAGCGAGGCAGAACAAAUAUUUGCUUCUCGUGCCAUCUUUGGGCAAUUAAACCGAAACAGAUAUGGGGAAAUCUUCUUCAACGGUCUCCAGUCGGCUUUUCGAUACCCCUUGAGCAAACAGUCCCGAUUAAUGGAUGUCUGCUUGUUCUUCAUUAUGUUAAAAUCUAUCUUCUAUGUAUUCCGUUGGCCUUCCGUUCUCCAAUAGCGUUGAGAAUAGAGUACGCAAUGAUGCAGUAGCGUACUAAGGCCACUCCUACUGAGGGGAGCGCUGGGAGACAUUUUGUUAAUUUUAGGUAAGUUUUUGUCAGACCUAGCUCCAAGCCGUUGGGUUUCUGAUUACCUCUAAUUUUUGUUGGUGUCUUAAAAUUCAUCGUCUGAAGGAGGUCCAGUGUAAGAUCCAUUAACAUACAGAUGAAGGAAAUUGAUUCGCCACAAAACGACCAAGUUUUCCGAGGUAACACGCUUAAUUCUUGAAUGCCGACAGUUAAUGCAACGUUCUAGUCUACAGUGAACGAUUAUUCCAAAGGAAAGAGUAUUUGGAGGAAAAAAGGGGGAGUGUUCAGAUGUAGGGCAAAGAGGCGGCAGAAUAACACAUGGAGAGAUCUCGCGUGACACUAGGCCGAUCAUUCUCAAUGAGAGCGCCAAUGCUCGGAAGAUGGCGGCUAGAUUUAAUGCGAGACAGGGAGCGAAGGCCAGCUUCGGGUCUUCUAACGCAUAAAAACUUAAUGUUCGCCAAUGGACAUCCCUCAGUAUAAAAAAUAUCGGAUCUAUUACAAGGAAUAAAUUUCGAGUAAAAAUUCUCUGAACGUUUUCGAAUUUUACACGGUCACAGACAUACACUAAGCCAAAGCAAAGACAUCAGUACUCGAGGAUGGGGAGAACAGACAUUUGAUAAAGUUUUACUUUCAUUUCUGGGAGGAAAACAUUAUUUGAUAUGAACCCACAUUCCUGUACAGCCUUUUCAAAUGUUCGUUCGGGAUAGGUUGAGAAAGCAGGCCUAUUUUCUAACAUAGCCUAUGUUGUUUACUGUAAAACAUUCGGAGAGUCGGUUAUUUUGAAGAAUUAUGAGGUCAGAAAGCUGUGUAGGAAAGAAAAAUAUAAAACCACAUUUGGACGAUGAAAACUCCACCUGCCAUAGUUAAACCCAUUUUCCCAAUGAAAGUGGGUUGGAGUUAUUUAUUUCGACGUAAACAUUUGGACAGUAUGUAGCGUUGCCGAUAAUUUUUCCAAUCCGAUGGCUAGUCAGACACCCCGAAUAAUAAACCCUUUUCCUAAUGUAAGCGAUUUCUCGAAAUCAUUUAGUCCGUUGUCUAAAAUAAACUACGCCUCAUAUUAUGCCCGAAAUUCCCAAAAAUCCUAUUUUUAUGUCUCCUAUUUUUCCAACGCAGCAAAAUAGCACUCUCCUCCCGGGUCCUGCUCAAAUAUUUUUCCAUUCAACAAUGCGUCUCUAGUUAUUGGUAAUUCCCCUUCAAAUUUUCGAUCACAGCAACUUUGUCUUCCACAAAUUACUGCUUCCCAACAGCUUAAUUUUCCACCACCAGCUCUCCCUUUUUUAUAAGUAGCAAUGAGCGGAACAUACAUAUUAUGCAUACGCUCAGUAUUGUCUCUGUCAAUGCAAGAUCAGUUGUGCAAAAGAAGUCGCAACUAAGAAGUGCGGCUGUUGAGUUUGACCGAGAUGUUUUGUGCAUUACAGAAUCUUGGGCUCACUCUCUAAUUUCUGACUCAGCACUGAAUAUAGAUAGCCUCAGUUUAUACCGCCAGGAUCAUGUCGAAUGAUGCUGUGGCGGUUGCCUUCUUUACAUCAGAGCCUCACUUGCACAGUCGCCUUACGAUCUGAACAUUUCCUCCUUCUCCGGAAAUGUAUUGUUUGCUUCGGUAAUCCUUCCGCAAAAUAGGAAAGCCUUAGUCGGAUGUUUAUAUAAUCCUCCUUGUUAUUCCGUAGAUGAAAGCCAACUCUGUGAACUUGAAAAAGUCGCAGCGACUUUAUCUGAUGUCAAGAUCAUGGGAGGCGAUUUUAGCUUUCCAGACAUUGACUGGCACAAACAUACUUCCUCUCCUAAAUUUCAGAUGCUUCUAGACAUUUUUCACUUUUAAAAACUUGUCCCAAUUAAUCCACUCUUCGACCAUAAGCGAUAAUGUACUAGAUCUGAUUUUUACUUAUGGCACCUUCCCUCUAUCUAUGAAUUUCUAUCAUUACCUUUUUGCGAAUGAUCAUAUAUUGAUUCGUUGUCGCCUUCAAGUUACCAUUUCCACAAAGCUAACAGUAAAAUGUAGCUUCUUUGACUACGUUAAUAUUAACAAGGAAUAAGUUAAUAAUUUUACAUACACUCUUGAUAAGCACAAUAUUUUUUCAACGAUUUAUUAGAAUGCGCAAAAGAAGGUGUUCUUGACGUAAUUCUACGGAAGACGUUUAAAUCGAGUGUCACUUCCACCGCUGUCCCACACUUUCUUCCAAACAGACUUUAAAAGCUACAGAAGCAUCUCGAAGAUCCUUCGAUGAGGUCGUUAUCAGUUCUCCUUAGGACCAUUGAAAUGUCUGAAUUAACUUAGGUAAUGAGGCCGUAAUCUUCUGCACAUUGACGCUCUCAUUGGGAAUGGUCGGUCUGGUGUCACGCGAGAUCCCUCCAUGGGUUAUUCUACCGCCUCUUUGCCCUACGUCUGAACACUCCCUCUUUUUUUCCCCAAGCAUGUUUUUCUUUGGAAUAAUCGUUCACUGUAGCCAAGGACGUUGCAUACACUGCUGGCAUUCAAGUAGUAACCGUCUUACCUCAGAAAGCAUGAAUUCACCUUUGACCACUUCGGUCUCAAACACCUAACUUUAUUAUAUUGCAACUGAUCUUCCUGAGAUUUAAUGACAGUUAAUAGAUGCCUCACCCGUUUGACUAGAAAUUCGCGGUUGUUAGUGUUAUUUUCUCAUUACGACCCCAUCAAUCUGUUAACGACCAUAGAGGAUUUCUCUUUUUUUGUAACCCCACACUAAUUUGCUUUGUCAGCCACGAGGUAUCAUGAUCCUCGCAGCUUUUGAUGUACUCGUCUCGCGGGCUGUGACCGAUAGCGGUGUCCCUCCUCUCAUGCCCCCUUGACGGUUGCUUGGACUUUCAGCCCAAAAAUAUUAUGAUCGCAUCUGCGGCGAAUAGCCUCAUCUACCUUUAUGAGGAACGAUUCAAAUCCUUAUAUACUCCCACAAGUUGGACGGUCUUGUCCCACAUGCAAAUGCACAUUCCCAUGAUUGACAGUUUUUUCUCAUUAUAAACUAAUCAAACGACAUUCAUUUUAUCUUUUACAAAAAUAUUUGAAGGAGCUUAUUCACCGUUCAUUAGGUGCCUUAUACACCAGACUGUCCUUUUUAAAUCACAAACUGAAUGCUGUGUAGUGUUGGCCUAUUCGCUCUUAAAUUCCCUCGAAAAUGUAGUUUUACUUACCGUGAAAUUAUCCUUAUUGGUGUUAGAUAAAACAAUCUAUUAAGUAAUCAUUUAUAAGAGCUGUCUGACAGGAUGCUACGAAGGUGGCAGCUAGUUAAGAGGAUGCGAGGCAGUAGGAUGAGCCUCGCCCAAUGGAGGACGACUGAUAUUCACUUUAUUUCAUCACAGCCAGGUCCUGGACUUUUUUAUCGACCCUUGACAAUCCAAUAUGGGCAACAGAGGCUCUUCGUAAAUGCCUAACGGCUAAAACUUUGCGGAAGUUCGAUUUCUCGCGUAGUUCCAACACAAGUUGGCUGAUAGUCCUAGCAUUUUCCAGAGAUUCAAUUCUUUGCGGUGUGCUCGAUCGGAUUAAAGAGUUGACAUAAGUUAAAGUGCUUAAAACUGUAUGGGCUCUGAUACUUUUAGCUUUACGCAGUUCCAAGCUAUGGCUUACGAUCUGUCCACCAAGACUCAAUUUAAAAAUAAUAUUCCUGAAGUUGCUUUCUAUUAAUCAACGCUUCAGCAAUAUUGGCCCCUAUGAAUUUUCUGACAAGGUAGACAUGUUUUUCAGCACUUGGAAAAAUCCCAAGCAGAGUGCUUUGAUGCGCAUUUAACCUCGACCUAAGCCUAGAAGUGGUUACGGUAAGAAUAGAAUAGAACAGGUUUAUUAUAGCGUACCAUGGGCCCUGUCAGUAUCCCCUGUUAGUUUGCGUAUAUACUUGACAUUAUUUUGAGCCGAACCGAGAGCUCCAGAAACUAACUUGCCAUGCAUUCAUAUUGUGCGUAAACUGCUGAGGCCUAUAAAAUUAACUUCCAGUUUUCAUUCUGUUAUUGGUGGGUGCAUCCACACAUAAGCUCUGUGAAUUCAGCAAAAUAUCUUAGUCCUCACAUUCCAAGUAUUGUUUUUCGUAGUCUCUUGCCUAGUGUGCCCUCUCCCUACGGCGGUAGGACCUUGGAGAUGGUCUGUAGCUGUAAAGGUUUCCGUAGUACUGGGAAUGGACAUGGCAGUUAGUAGUGGCAAUCUAACAGACAGCUACAAAUGAAUAAGUUCAUUUGCGGCACUGAAACAAGGAGGAGGACAUGGGGAACGGAAAGCAUCAUAACAAAGAAGUACAAAUCCACAGUUACUUUCAUGGUGUAGAAUCAGGGGGAUAUUUUUGAGUGUAGCGUAGAACUUCUUAAAGUCAGCAGUUCAGAAAACAAACCACAGGGGCAUAUGCAGUCCCUAAAUGUCCUUCAUGUGCAUUGGCUUUUUUUAACGUUAACGUAUUAAGAAUAUAGUCUGAACGAGUUUCUCUGAAUUUCGGCAUUUGCGCACCUUAUGCAGCAUUCGCGUCCACUUUCUUAAGACUCGGGCCAUGCAGUGGCAAACAGGAGCUUUCCGUCUGCUAUAUGUACACCUUUAGCAAAUGUUGUGCGUACGUAAGUUAUCCGGAGCUAGUCUAGCAUAGCCAUCAAACAUAUUAACUCAUAGUUGUCUGGUGGAAUUGGAUCUGGAAGGCAUGGGUGUCAACUUGGUGACUACUGCCCUGGUUGGCUCGACCUGUCACACCUAGUCUGCAGAUCCUACCAAGAUUAAAUUCAUACCGUACUACAUAAUGCUACAAACAUGUUCUGUGGUUGUAGUAGCUACAAGAAAAUAAAUUUACUCAGAGCCAAAUGAUGUGCGACCGACACUGACAGAUUUUCGCUGCCGUUUCCAAUGACUGGAAGAGUACAGGAUAGCACAGAACUAUUAGCUGAUAUAUGAAAAAAACAAAUAUUUUGCAGAUUAUGAAAUCGAUACAUUAACUACACAAGCUCUGCCCAGCACCUGAAAAGAAUUGUGUGAAAGGCCAAAGUUUCCCUAAGAUGGAAGGAUUCGGAAAGUUGAGAAGUUUUUUGCACUGGAGGCCUGGCUAAACGUUGUAGUUUUUAGUUGGUUAAAAUAAGGGAUAGACUUUUCGCCGAAACACGUCGUACUCUCCCUCAGUCUCGAAUAAAUUAACGGUUUCAGAGGCUGUGACUUUGAAAAGUUUACCUACACCCACUUGGUCCUCCGGUUGUCGCUGCACCAGCUUUGGGUCUUUUCUGGUGUCAUCCUUGGGUUUGAUCAAACUCUCGAAAUGCCGAACGUGUGUGUCACGCCAGAUUGUGGGAAAACAGCCACCCUGCGGUGCCCCACUUGUGUAAAACUGGGAAUAACAGGGUCUUAUUUUUGUAAUCAAGUAAGAUUUAUUGAUUAGAUGUUUACGUAUUUCAGGAGUGUUUCAAAAAGUACUGGAAAACGCAUAAAAACUUGCACCUUCUCGCCGGUAAACUUAUAACCAGUUUUUUUACUUCAUUAGAGGGAAAGUUCACAUGGCCUGAAAGCGAGUACGACAGUGUAUUCAGUGGUUAUCGGUUUACAGGUACCCUUAGACCUGGGAAGAAGGUAAUUACCCGGUAUGCUUAUGCGAAUGCCUGCUCCUAUUUAGUCACCGUACCGACCAGUUCCUGAGUCAAUACCCCGACCGGAUUAUGCCGAAACUGGUAUUAAUGUCCCAUCUUCUAAACCCAUUAGGUAUUCCUAUCUCGGAAAACGAUGCCAAAAGAUCGCACACUAUCGUGUCAUUGUCUGACGAGGAAAUAGAAGGGAUGCGCGUUACCGGAAGGGUAAGCUAAAAGUCGACCUAUACUUUCUCGAUCAGGCUAUUUUAUUCUCAAAAGUUAUGGAUUUAUCAUCAAGAAUUAACUCUAUAUUGUUUUUAACUUGCGAAUAACCGCUCUUAUUUCUUUAGUGAACGCUUCCAUUCAUUGCUGUUAUUUCACGAGGUACACUAAACAUUCAACCAUUCUUCCUUCUGUCUUUAUUGAUUUUACCAUGAGAAGAUAUUAAUUGAUACAGCGUUUUCCCCUCUCACUCCUAGCUUGCUCGUGAAGUCCUCGAUACGGCUAUAGACGCUGUUGCUGUUGGAAUCACUACGGACGAAAUUGAUCGGAUUGUUCACGAGGUAUUUCUUUAUUCUUAUCUCGAGUUAAUCUUUUUACUUUAUUCUGUCUUGUGUCUAUUCAUUUGCAGUGGUUGGCAGCCGCAUAAUUUUUAUCUAUAGAGAUUGGUGUACUUUUAGUGAAUCGAGCCUGGUCAGACCGCUAGAUCUGUACAUGUUAUACUAUUACAAGCUAGUCUACACACCCUUUCUCAUCUGGGUGCCUCUGGGAUAUAGAAAUCCCCCAUGCAGUCUGAGUACCCUUUGAGAUAAACUCGUGCUAGUGCAACUAAUCUGGAGUUUCCAUGGCCCCUCUACGCCACCGUACAGUAACACCUAGACUCCUGAUAUUGUUUUGAUCUUCUCCUUGGUCGUGCGAAAAUUAUACCUCCGAAUACUAAUCUUAGCUUACAUCUUUGGUCGCUAAAAGUGGCUGUUUUUCCUACAGCCAGCAUUUUUAAGUCCCUCAGUAUUUUUGCAAGAGCACUGAAGAAUCACGGCCCUGUCGUCAUUUUUUUGUAGACUUGAGAAUUUCAGCCACUGCGUUGUUUGUCACCCUUUACGGACUCUCCCGAUUUCGGCCUCUUAAACACAUGAUUUCCAAAACCUGUAACAAAUUGCUGAUAUGAUGUCAUCACUAUGACUGUUUUUUUCUCUUCGUUCUUACUUCAGGCCUGCAUUGAACGUGAAUGCUAUCCCUCUCCACUGAACUACUUCAAGUUUCCGAAAUCCUGCUGCACGUAAGCCAUUGGGUCUUUUCCUUUAUGCCGCCUUUAUGCCUUGUGUAGUUCCAUCAACGAGGUCAUCUGCCACGGCAUUCCUGAUUCCCGACCCCUCGCCAACGGAGACAUUUUAAAUAGUACGUCUGCUUUCGUUCGUAACCCUGUGCGUACUGCCUCACUCUCCGUCAACGGAGAUUAUCAGCUUUAAGGUAGCCUAUUUUUGCAUUAGCAGUCCUUUUUAUGUCCACAGAAACAGUGCUGGAUGGGACACUUGCGUGUACUCUCACUUGCGCAUACUAAUCUUGCGAAUUAACUCCAACAGUUUUUUUACAGCAUGAAUAUGAACGAAACAAAGCACAGAUAUAUAGUGCUUCGAUGUCUCACGCCUCCGUUGCCUAAUGGAUUUGUAUGCUAUUUAAUAAGCUGGAAAUACUUGCGCGUAGUAGGGCUUGAAAAGGAGAAUUAUACCCUGAAAGCCGAUUGUUUUCAGUGGAUGUUACAAAUUAGGAGGACUCAGUCAGCACUCACCAGAAAUUAUCAGCAUGCUUUGUACUUCUCAUCAUGGCGGCAGUACCAUAAGCCAUGCCUUAUGGCCAUGGAACGAUUCUGCCCUUUGUAAGGACGAAACACACCUCAGCCUUUGAUACUGCAGUUCUAUCAGAGAAUCGAUUGUGGACGAACAACUCUAGUCUGUGGAGUCAAUAAUGAGGCGUCUGAAUUAAUCAGGCAGCCGUUUUCCUUCUAUUCUCAAAUUCAGAGACCGGCCUUUGAAUAUUAGUCCAGUCUGUUUAAAAGUCUACCCCGACGACCAAAUGAUCUUGCACAAUAUGCCUUAAUUUCUGUAGAACCUGCAGUUAUUCAGAUAUCGCUAUUAAUAGGACAGAUUCUUGCAUUGUGACACCCUAACUUGACUGCAUACGAUUCAGUUUUCUCAUUUCUUCCUGUAUAUAACCGUUGAAACACCCUGUUCCCCGGACAAAUCGCUAAAGAAACAGUGUUCCCUGAAGUCAUAUAACUUUCGGGACCUCUUAUUGAACUGUUUAUUCGUAUAUCACUGGGAAUUUAAGUGUCAACAGUCUAGAACGAAUGCAGCGUGGUAGGCGACAAGGAACACCAACGACAUUCAGAUAUGUAAGUUGGCUUACUACUGCGGAGGGUGGGGUGCUGCCAUGUAAAAUAAAGUAGGAUACGUCAAGCAUGAUUAUUGAUAACCAGCAAGGCUUAUUAGCUAAUCCUUUCGGAUGACGUGAUGAGGGGGGGGGGACCAUCUAGUGGACGCUCGUUAUCACAACAGUGCAAGAUUGAUUACAUUGUCCACCAGCUAUACCUCCAACUGUCCUAUAUAUCGGAUCGCCACGAAGAUUUGCGUGCACCGCGCAUCCGUCUGGUCAGUCCUUCUGUAUGGUUGUGAAUGCUUGUGCACGUGGAAGAUGGGAGAAAACUGGAGGUAUUUGACCACUACUGCUUAAGGACCACCCUCUGGGUGAAGAACACCGACUCCAUCUCAAAUGAGACGGGUUGCACUCGCUGCGACAACAUCGGAAUGGUAUUUCAGGCCAUCUAAGAAAGACGACUGCAUUGGUUUUUACAGGUUCCUCGUCAUUCACUGCACGAGUUCAGUGUUAUUUUCAUCGACCCGGCACUGUUACCCACCCGGAGGCGUCGAAAAAGGGGUCAAUUCGAAACUUGCCUCCACGCAGUCUGUCACGACAUGGAAGUGGUUAUCGGACCUUCGGUACUUGGUCUCCCCCGCUGGCGAAGAGAAUGGGUUUAGCUGUCCAGGCCUGCUGCCGUGGAUCGUCGCGCGUGGAGUAGUACAGCCCGUGACAUCGAGGCCGGGUAGACCAGACAUGAUCGCAACCGUACCAAGUACAAAUAAAAUUGCUUGCACAGCUUCGUUCCCCCAUCUUGUUGUUGCGACUUCUAAGUAACGUUGGAGACGGAUCGUCCUCGUGUAACAGAAUUAAACGCGAGCAUUGACUCCUCGGUGGGGCUAGUGUCCAAAGGCUGUUUUAUGAGUGAGAUUUGGGCAAUGCCUUCUGCCUUAAAAAACCACUGGCAGGUAUCUGGAGGAUCGAUUUGUCAUCCCUUCUUCGCAGUGUAUACAGUUUACGUGUGACACGUUUUUCCUUAUUCUUGUUAGAAGCCAGCUGUUUGACGGUUUUUGCAUUUUCUAUAAAUGGGUCUUCCUCCCUCUAGUCGACAUCACAACGUAUUUUGGAGGGUUCCACGGCGAUGUAAACGAGACGGUUUUUGUGGGUGAGCCCGACGACAAAGCGCUCCGGUUGGUUAGGAAUACGUACCGAUGUUUGGCCAAGUCAAUGGAUGCCGGUUAGUUGAAUUACUUUAAUUGCCGCCUUCCAUGCACCUCUUUUGGCAGCAGUUCGACUGUGUAUUUUAAUUCUCUGUUUAGGAUUGUUUGAUCGACAUUAUUUUACGUAUAACAUAAGAACGUUGCCUAAACCCAGAUGAUUUAAGGUUCUGUCCCGUUCGAUACGUGCAAUUUUAUUGGAAGUCUAGGUAAAUGGGAUUCAGAAGACUAAUGAACUGCUUGAGAGCCACGGCCAAGCACGAUGCCUGGCAAGCUGUCUAACCUACGUUUGCCAGAGUAUAUUCUACUUGGAAAGGCAAUGAUAGUAUCCAACUCUGGUUUCCACUACAGCUCUAGUUUUAACACAGCCCGAGACAUUAUUCUUCGCCUUUCUCAUCUGAACCAAGUGACGCAGUUUCCUAGUGUCUGAGAACUACCAUAUUUGCGGACCUCAGCGAGAUCAAGUCGGUAGUGAUUACCUUUCUAUUUAGCAGCAACUGCAGUGUUUUAAUCGUCCCGCGUAGGAUGGGUGUGGGGAGGGGAGAGAGGACAGUCGGUUGAGGUCGGCGUUCAGUUCUAAUUUUGAGCCUUGUCGCCUGCCUUCCCAUGUAUUGUAUACGGCCCACUGAGGAUAGUUCGAAAAUGUUAAAUCCAGGGGCUCAAGAUCUGCUACUCUUCUGGGAGUACCAUGGACGGUUUACGAUGAGCAGAAAUGAGGUUGUUAUGCAUCGUGACCUGUAUGCCACCUUAAUGUUCACCAAAAACCCGUCUCACGACUUCUAGCAUACUUUUACACUUCCUAAGUUUUGCUGUUCAGUCAGGGUUUUUUACGUCUGCUUCAGUUUCUUCAGUUGCCGUAGGCACCUGACAAAUGCUGUUUUCCUUUGGUGUUAUGUCAUUCUUUUCAUCAACAAAGUUUCAUUUUCUGGACGUAAAAGUGCCUAAUUUCUGCGUCAUCCAUGAAGCAAUCCUAGAAUCGCCGCGUCUGGGUUCAACGAUCGGUAGCCUCGACUGCGCCGUACAAUGUACCCCAGCUGUUUCCAACAUUUUUGCCCCCUUUUUUUUCAAAAAUGUGCUGUCGUCUGUUGUCCUGCUUGACGGCGCUUUUCUCCCCGGGGUCAAGUAAACGAAAGUUAAUUCUCACCGGAGUUUCUCAUGUCUAUUGGAUCUGGGUAGUCUUAUCUAUAGUCCCAUCCUUUAGAUGAGUAGCUUGUGAUUGCAUACUUCAUCCGUUAACAGCACGUUCAGGCGACCUCUCCAGUGUUUGCCAGUUGCGCGAACGCGAAUAAAUCCCAACUGCACUUUGCAGUUGGGAGGGUAAUGAGCAUCAUCUGCUCUUCUGGUGGAGAAAUCUAUUGAUGUUUCAGUCACCUAUCCCUUGACUACCGUGAUUGACCGCGACUGUUUCGAGUCCAUCAACUUGUCCUGCUUGCAGGACGGGACACAGUCGUCGCCAUGGAGUUCCCGUCUUAAACCCUCAAAGGCGGUUGAAUAGCUAGGAGUGACAAUCGAAAGGUAGUGUUGACAAAAAGGAGGAUUACUUCGGGUGUAUUUGCUGUCGUCGGUCAACCACAUCCUAACUUAAGAUCGUGAAGACCUGCGGUUUCAGCCCAGGUCAGUUGGGCCUAUAAAUUAAAGCGGCUUUCACGCGACUUUGAUCACUCCCGAUCGCAAUCAUAGGAGCGUGGACUAGCGAUUAAACUGAUAGAAUGUCAAGUCCAGUGGACUGGAGGUCGAAUCUUCGGCCGCCCUCAUUUUUUGUCGCUGAGGCUUGUUAAGUUGUGUCUGUGCGUAUAAAAUUGAAAUGUCUUGAGAAUUCUAACAACAUAAAUUAAAUAUUGAGGGUUGAGGAUUCCUGAGAUAGCACUGUGUUUUAGACAAUAUUUAGAAGCAACUGGCCCUUAUUUGCAUGGGCUAGAAUGAGCUCUCUAUCGCGUUGCAAAUGGCAGACAGACAGUUACGCAAGGCUAAGAAUUGUGAAAUUUUUCUCUUUCGUCAGAGAGUCGACAGAAGCAUGGAAUUUCUUCCGGAAUUUAUUCCUUAAGUCACCGUCCAUCCUCAUAUGGCAAGCUUCUGUACUGACGCCCGCAACCUCACUAUGAUUGCGUGCUCAUUAUUGUCUCUCGGGUGAGUUGGCGACUCCCGGAAGAUCCCAUUCUGUGUGGUCAAAUGACUGGUAGACUACCAUCAGUGAUUGUGGACAUUGGAAUAGCCAUCUGUAGCUCAUUAGCCGUCGUCGGUCGAUGGUGACUCAACUCCAUAUUCGAGAUUUGAACCUGGGUUUAUCUGAUAGUGAAGCUAAGCAUUAAAAUGAAUUCACACCGAUCUAGUGUACUUGCGGAGAUGCCGCAGGUCUAGAUUAGCAAUCGAGGAACGAGGCGCAUAAGUGGUGACUAUCAACCCCCUCUUGGCGCGUAAAGUUCCAUUUUCGCCUUCUGCGGUUGAGUUGACGAAAGUAGCUAGGGUGAUACAUGGUUAGAAGACUCACUGUCCCUUUAGCCAUCGACGUGUAUCAACGGCGUCUUUCCGAGAGAAGUGCAGCCGGUAAUAAUUGGGGGGGGGGGGGGGGACCGAAUAGACAUUUUUGGUUUAUUUGUCGUCGCCAGCGAGCCAUGUUCCAACCUCAAUCCAGGAUCCGAGUUCGGGACCCUUUUUCAGUGAGUCAGAUGUUCCGCCACGCAGGCCAUGGGCCUACACUGUCAACUGCGAUCAGUAUUAUUCGAAGAAGCUUAAGUAAUGCCCACUGACCAAUCCUCAUUAAUGGACUAAACACUGGUCCUUCGUUUAAAUUUUAAGUUUCGACAUGCAGCUCUCUCAGGUUCAUGCAGGUAGAGUUAACCAACAAUAGCAAAUAAGCCAGAAACGGCCGUGCCAACUCACCUACUACUUAUGAGCAGCACUAGCUCACAACCGAUUUUUUGUCGUCAUGCAACUGCCUGCGAGGUCUGCAAACCCGGUUUCUAAGGCAAAAAGAAAGGCUCGUACUCCAUCCUGCAACUGGGUAGGCAUGAGUAAUUCUUCUUCUUCUUCUUCCUCUUCUUCUUCUUCUUCUUCUUCUUCUUCUUCUUCUUCCUCUUCUUCCUCUUCUUCCUCUUCUUCCUCUUCUUCCUCUUCUUCCUCUUCUUCCUCUUCUUCUUCUUCUUCUUCUUCUUCUUCUUCUUCUUCUUCUUCUUCUUCUUCCUCUUCUUCCUCUUCUUCCUCUUCUUCCUCUUCUUCCUCCUCUUCCUCUUCUUCCUCUUCUUCCUCUUCUUCUUCUUCUUCUUCUUCUCCUUCUUCUUCAUCUUCUUCUUCUUCAUCUUCUUCUUCUUUCUUCUCCUCUUGAGGAGACUGUGUUGAGCACUCUAUGAACAUGACAAAGUCGUGCUCGCAAACAUUUCUGCGCGUCCUUUUUCAUCCCUUUAUGACAGCUAGUUUUUCGUUCAUCUGAUCAUGGCACUACUUCAGCUCAAAUGAUACCGUUCGAAGACCAGUCAUUUGCAUCUUAGUGAGACAAGAACUAAAAGUGCAUAACUUCUGUUUGCAUUUUCGCUCAUUUUGUGACCUUUUGGCCACAGUGGCUAACUUUCCGCUCCACCACGCCCAUCCAUAAUUUUGAUUUCUUUUCUUUAGUUGCCGUUGGCGUGAAGUACCGGGAUAUGGGGGACGUCAUCUCGCAACAGGCCAAUUCUGGCGGCUUCUCGGUGGUGCGAACAUACUGUGGCCACGGAGUACAUCGGCUCUUCCACUGCCCUCCAAACAUUCCCCACUACACCGGUAAUUUGCCCCAAACCCAUCCUUUGGCCCUUCUUCCUCAUCAUGCCUUCUAUUGCGUCAUUGCGUAUUACGAGAUCCCGUGUGUGGCAGGCGCUAGGCGUUGACUUCACGUCACCUCAGCAACUGUGCUUAACUCUCCUCAGCCACUUUACUCAGAAAUUAUUAGUUUAUGGGAGGGAGGGAGGGCAGAGGGAGUAAGGCCGGUCCAGCUCUUAGUUCCUCACAAUAGAUGACCAUACACGCUAGUAGCCGUGGAUUAGAGGGUUGCCAAUUGACGGAAUAAUUAGAUCCUACUCAAGAAUGAGAGCCAGUCUACAAUGGCUCCUGGGUGCGGCCCUUAUGGCCUCCUCAUUUGUGCGGAACCUGAGACACUCCUGAAUGAAACCGGAUACACAUGGAGUGGAGAGCACCACGAGUCACCUCCGCUAGACAGGAGUUUGUAUGCAAGCCACGGCUGCGUCCACGUUGUGGGGCAGUCGUGAACCUUGUUAGUGGCGGUCGAACUAUAGUAUGUUUUGCCACCGAAUGCAUAUCUACGCGAGGCAGUCACUUCACACUGGUCCUGUUUGGCGGCCAGCUCUCAUCUGUGGUUCCAUAAAAUACAUUGCAUGCCGCGGCCACACCCCCGAUAACUGUCUCGACUAGCAACGAAGCCAGAAUACGGGUAGCCGCUAUGUUUCUCCAACGCUGAUGGAUGUUUAUGUGAUGUCCGGCUUGGCUAUGAGAAACCAGCUGCGUCAUGGCACCCCGGCUGAUUUUAAUUUCGGAUUAGUCUCCCGUCGAUACCCAUCUUCGGUAGUUUUCAUCUCGUGUUGGCAUUUGAACUUACCAGUUUCUGCGAGGAGAGUGAAUUAAGUGCUGGCCAGCCCCCCCCCUUCCAUAAUUUUAUUCGCACACCGCUCGUUGAUCGAUUGGAGUGGUGGCGCUCUUCGUUGUGUCAGGCAGGCUUCCUACUAAUCCAAAUCUGUUUAAAAGUGUGAUCUUCAGUGAGCAUUCCGAUAAUCUAGGUAUACGUUAUGGCAGAUUUCAAAUAAUUCACUUUGGCUCAACUGUGAACGACUCAGUGCCUCGGUGGGAUUCGAACCCACAACAACAAGGGGAGGCUUUAGUACAGCCAACGCCCUAGCCACCUGAGCUACGAGGCUCCACCGAACGACGCGAGUUUAGUCACAUUUGGGUCAAGUUUAUCCGCCCAACCUACUGCCACGUAUGGAAUCCACCAAAUCUGACACAGUAAGCUGAUGCUGACCCCUCUGCUGCAUGUAAGAUCCGAGCAUUUCAUCCUCCUCGUGUGCAAUCCCGGUGUGUUGUGUGGAGCUAGGUCGUGUGUGUGUGGCGCACGCAGACGGGCUGUUUUCAGUUCUGUCAGCAACAUCUUCUGAUGUUGAUAAGGUGAUACCGACAAAGACAAGGGAGACCGGAAUGGCCAUUUCUGGCUUAUUAGCCGUCAUCAGCCAGUCAUACCCAACCCCAAGUGUGGAUCACUUGAGAUUCGAACCCGGGAUCUUUGGUCAUGGAGUUUGAGGCUCUACCAUUGAGCCACGGGCCCGUUGCCCUGUCGGUUGUGAUCCGGAAUAUCAAUUAUGACAGAUGGGCGCUCACCGAUAGGGUUACGGAACGUGCUCAGUAUCACCUUAUCAACAUAUGCCACUAGUCGCUGUGCGACUGCCUGCGAGGGUUCUAGUAUGAGCCCCAAGGCACAACGGAACGAGCACGUCCCGUAACCCGAUCGGUGAACGCCCACUGUCAUAAUUGAUAUUCCCGAUCACAACCGACAGGACAACGGGCCCGUGGCUCAAUGGUGGAGCCUCAGACUCCAUGACCAAAGAUCCCGGGUUCGAAUCUCAAGUGAUCCACACUUGGGGUUGGGUAUGACUGGCUGAUGACGGCUAAUAAGCCGGAAAUGGCCAUUGCGGUCUCCCUUGUCUUUGUCGUUAUUAUGUCAUUUACUUCUACUACUAGUCGCUGUGCGACUGCCUGCGAGGGUUCUAGUAUGAGCCCCAAGGCACAACGGAACGAGCACGUUCCGUAACCCGAUCGGUGAACGCCCACUGCCAUAACAUCUUCUAAUGCCUAACAUCAGUUGGGUGACCGGCUUGAACAAUUGACUGGCACACAGAGAAGGGCGGAGAGUGGGGUCGACUUGCAGGGCAUAUUCCUCACUAACCAAUGUAGUACGCUUGAGACUAUCACGGUGCGUUAAAAGCCGCUGCCUGGGAGGUUGUUAAGUGACGAUUCAACUCAAGCCUCGUGGUUAAUCCAGCGUGUGUGUGUUUACGUGAAGUGAUAGACUGUGAUGAUUCCUUCUUGAUUUGGCCUCUAUGGCACUCUCAGACAAAUGAGAUCUGAGCUUCCCGCCCUCUCUUUUAUAUGAAAUCCUGGUUCGUUUUGUGGGUCAGGUCGUGUAUGUGGCACACGCAGAUGAGCUCCCUAGCUCUGUCAGUCACCGCGCUCAAUCCACGCAUCGAAUAGCUGACCGGCUCUGGCAGUAAACUGAUGCCUGGUAGUGGAGAGGGAGAGUUAGGUUGACUGUCUCAGUGCGUACUCAUCACUGUUAAAAAUCUUGCGCACUUGAACCUAUCACGGUGCGUCGAAAACCGUGGCUUGGAAGGCUGCCAACUGAGGGGAUAAUUUGGACUUCCUAGUCAGUCCAGUGUGUGUUUGUUUGGAGUCUGGUGGACCGAGAAUCAGGCCGAAGUUGCUCUGCCCCUCCGUGGCAUUCGAACUGACGGGAUGAUACGCUUAGGUGCGGGUUACCGCCGCACCUGCGCCCCCUUCCAUCUGCGGUCUUCCUGACUGUCAUGACACCGCCUCUAUGUGGGAGAGGGUGAGAGAUUGUGAUAGGUGUUGCGAAAGUCUACCAGCACCAUAAGUUAAUUAACGCGCAAUUUACCGUUACCGCGCCCACCCGACUGUGGGACAGGCGGUAGACAUAGUCAAAAUCGAGCGUAGAACUGUCGGGGUGCUUGAGGAAUUACGCCAGAGAACCUCGCAAUGUGGGACCGUCACUGGCUUUCGCAGGUCUUGUCUCACCUUCUCUCGUCAACAAUGCUGCUAAUCGCUAUUUUCUAGCCUGUACUACGGAAUCUCUCCAAUUUGGUUUAUAAGCUGAGUGUUUUCAUGGCUCCCUGGUCGUUAUUUUGCCGACUGCUCUUCUAAAGCGUGGCCUCCUCGCAGUAGCAGUCCUUUUAAAAACCACCGUGUUCUGCUAUUUGGAAUUUAUAGUCUGAUUAUCUAGUUGACGGCUUUGAAUUCCCUUGGAAGCGUUGUGUAGCAAACGGCAAGGGGAUUUUAGGGCCUCCAACUUAACCCCACGCGUGUUGUCACCGGUGUGCGGCUGGAGAUAGUAGACAGUUGGACUGGUCCAUCUCAAUAACUACUGCAAAUCUGGCCGCUUUCGAGCUACAACGGGACUCUGGAGGUUUUGACUUAGAAGGUUUCCAACCAGCGGAUACCUAGGACCUGAGGGCCAGGUUUCUGCGGCCCCACAGUGUGGCCUCAUGGCAACACUUUAGGAGGUAGAAAGUGUCGCACCCGGAGACGGGGGUGAAAGCGCGGUCAGACACUGCCUUUGCAAUGGAGCAUGGUGGGUUCGCGAAGAGAAGUUGAUGCGCCGAAGGUCUCUCCUUAACCACAACCUGAUGAAAAUCUGUCGACUAAGUUUUGGUUUACGACUGUGAGAGCCUCGCAUGACGCCCUUUGUCCUCAUGUGCUUCGCCAUUUGGACGUAUUGCCGUUGCUUUUGUCGCCUACCAUCAGGCCUACCGAUCUUGUUAUUUCAACCGUUUGCAACUGAUUCCCGAGUUCUUUGUUUACAUGUGGCUUCCUGGCUCUUUUUGUCCAUGCACCGUAGCCAACAAGGCCGUGGGUGUAAUGAAGGUGGGUCAUUGUUUCACCAUCGAACCCAUGAUCAACGAGGGCACCUGGCGUGACGAGCUAUGGCCAGAUAAGUGGACCGCGGUGACCAUCGACGGCCAGCGAUCAGCGCAGUUCGAGCACACUAUGAUCAUCGUUGGUGCCAAUGCGAAUACGCCGGCUAUGACCGAGGGCGGCCCUCCCCUGGACGUUGUUACGGCGCGCCGCAUAAGUGGUGAGGAUAAAAUGGCUAACGUGAAGCUACCGCCAGGUGAUGCCCUCCAUUUCCAACGCUAUGGUCGCCCCCACUUUGUGGACCAACUACACGCAAUGAAGAAGGACGUGUUCGCUCUUCUCUCCGCGGAAGAAUCGAUUCAUCCAAAGAAGACAUAG